UUUUAAAAAUAAGAUAACAUUAUUUUUAUCAUGGAUAAUAUUCCCUUAGGGCUGACCUUAGACGACACUAGGGUCAGAAUAUCACCAGUAGUACCAAGUGUAAUACUUAAUUAUUUCAAUUCUUAUAACAACACAUCCGGUGAUGAGGAGCAAGCUCGGUCCAAAGACGAUAUCGUAUUUGGAGUGUUAAUCGGCCUUGAGAUAGACUCAAACAUCAUACUAACAAAUGCCUUUGGGAUCGACACCAGAGAGGAAGAAUCAAAGCUUAACUCAAAAUACAUUAAAUCGAUGAAAAAGUUCCUUACCAAAGGCACUAAAGACUCUGUUGUGGGCAUGUUCUUUGCACCAAUGGAGGGUCAAGCUAUUAAUGAUAUCUCAGUCAUGAAAGCAUUUGCCACUAUCUCUAAGGAGUUUAAGAAUAAGGGAAUCCUGCUAACUCUGGACAAGACUUCCGAUGCCAAAAGCUUGGAUAUCACCACUUAUCUACCAUUAGAUAUUGAUUUUGGGGAAACAGCAGAAAAUUUAGUCAUAUUCUCAGAUACUCCACAUGAAAUUAUUACUGAAAGUAUGGCUGAAGCCAUCUUCGGAGGUAUGCUCCAGGGUACUCAAAGCGAUGUUUUGAGUGUUUAUUGGAAAGAAGUCACUCAAUCUGAAGAAAUCACUCUGAAAAAGUUAGAAGAAAUCAACGAAAAACUCACCUCUCUUACUUCUAAAGACAAGAAUAAAAUGGAUAUUGAGGAAACCAUCUUCCUUCUCUCAAGUGCUAAGAAGUAUAUUGAAGAAUCUGAAGCAGGAAAGGUUGAAAGAGAGCCUUCCAUCGACAAGGCUCUUAACAGUGCCUUAUGCAGGAUCAGUAGUAUUAAUACUGAAUCUAUCUACAACCCACAGCCCGAGCUUGGCUACAUUAGUAAGCUCACAACCCUCUAUAAACAGCAACUCGAAAUUUCCCACAAAAUAAAUAAGGACCAAAUUUAGAAGAAGAAUAAGUGGAUUUAUCGAAUCAAUAAAAGUUAA